AUUUUUAAGUCUUUCAAAUCCGUCGAACUCCUCCGUGGUUCUCUGUAAUCUGAAAUACUUUGGAAUUGGCUGGUUCCUUUUCUUUUAUUGGAGUUUGUUUUGGGCAGAAAAAAAUGCUUAACUGUUUUCGAGUUCCAUUAACAAUACUAUUACUGGCAUUAAGCAUAACUUGCUCACAUGCUUUCCAGAAAUAUAGACAUCCUGAGAUAAAAUCUGCAGUUUUCCUAUCCCCCAAGUUUGUGCUGGAUCAAGGAUCAGUGGUGAACGAAUAUUACUCCAAUAUUGACUUCCCAAGAGGUCAUAUUGCUAUCAAGGGUUUCAAUGCUGAAGUAGUUGAUGAAGCAGGGCAUCCUGUCCCUCUUCACGAAACUUAUCUCCACCACUGGGUCAUUGCAAGAUAUUAUCAAUGUCUAAAUGCAACAAAUCCUGAGCACGAUGACCGCCAAAAAAAUAAGAAACCUGAUCAUAUUUUCGUAAGGAACAGUGGUAUAUGCCAGAAUAAUUCUCUUGGCCAGUAUUAUGGCCUUGGAUCUGAAACCCGAGGAACAAACUCAGAUGUUCCAGAUCCUUAUGGAAUAGAGGUUGGUAAUCCUGCUGAUAUUCCUGCUGGGUAUGAGGAGGGGUGGCUUCUUAAUGUCCAUGCAAUUGAUACUCGGGGAGUGGAAGAUAAGUUGGGAUGCACUGAAUGCAGGUGUGAUCUAUAUAAUGUUUCAAAGGAUGAAUAUGGCCGACCCUUGAGACCAGACUAUAUAGGAGGCUUAGGAUGUUGUUAUGACCACACACAAUGCAGAUUGAGAGAUGACUCUGAGAGUGCUAAGAGAAACCUUUACCUGAGAUAUACGGUGAAGUGGAUUGAUUGGGAUGAAUUUAUUGUGCCUGUCAAGAUUUAUAUAUUUGAUGUCACUGAUACUUGGAAACGAUUGGACAAUUCAACAGGGCAAAAUUCAGAACAUGAAUGCCAUGUUGAGUAUAACAUUGAGCCUUGUAGUACAUCUGGUAUGACCGAUAUUAGGUGCACUGACUCCAAAAGGACAAGCCUCCUUAUGCCAAUCGGUGGUUAUAUCAUCUACGGUGUGGCCCAUCAACAUUCGGGGGGUAUCGGUUCAACUCUUUAUGGAGAGGAUGGAAGGGUUUUAUGUUCUUCAAUACCAACUUAUGGACAAGGGAAGGAAGCAGGAAAUGAGGCUGGUUAUAUUGUAGGAAUGUCCACUUGUUAUCCUCAACCAGGCUCUGUGAAGAUAAAUGUUGGGGAGACUCUGAUUCUGGAAUCUAAUUACAGUAGCGCCCAAAGGCACACAGGAGUCAUGGGGCUCUUCUACAUUUUGGUUGCAGACCAAUUGCCAAAGCCUAGGCUUUCCCUACGAGUUCCAAUUGCAAAGCAAGUUAAUAAGGUAUAUGCAUAGUGGAGAUCUGGAAAGCAGUCAUUGUGAGAUGGAUAAGAGCGUCCUCAUCAUAAAUGGCUCUUCGUCAUUCAUGAUCAACCCCAUUCUCUCUUAUCUCUGGCCAUUCUCAAAUUAUAUUUAUAUUUGUUGGACUAGUCACCACUUGUGGUCUGUUUUGGUUUGAGAGGAAGGAAAGAGCAAUAAAGUAAAGUUGGCCAGAAAUUAGCCUAAUUUUCAGCCAACUUGGCUAAUUUUUGGUCAAUUUUACUCUGCUUCCCUUUGCUCCCUCUCAUUCCUCCCUCAAUCCAAACAAACACUUACAGAUAUGCGAGCCUUUGAAUGGCAUGUCGAAAAACGUGAUCAAUUUGUUAUCCAUUGACAUUAAUGUCUUUAUCUUUGGGACCAUGUAGGGAUUUGAUUCAUGUAUUAGGAGUUUAAGGGCUGGUAGUAUCAAGUGCAUUUUUCUCUAGAAAUCUAAACUCCUCAAGUUUUUGGGACAUUUGAAGAAA